UACCACUGUGCCACUGGAGUGCUUGGUGUUAAAAGGUUCAAAAUUUCUGAUACAUCAUAGAGCAAUGGCCUGUAAACAGAUUGAAAUAUUUUAAAGUUUUUAUGAAUUUUAUAUUCGCGUGUUUGUUUCUUUGUUGUUAAACAUAAAGCUACAUAAUGGGCUAUCUAUUCUCUUCUCACCGCUAGUAUUGCAACCCGAUUAUUAUUAUUGUUUUUUGCAGUAGGAUUCCGAAAACGUGCCACUGAGGUAGGACGGGGAUUUGUACUGCUGCUGGGUCAUGGCAGGAUCCACAUCAAAUGAAAUUCCUAAUGUGCAGGAAAAAACAGAAAAUCAAACAUUAAAUUUGGAUCAAGUUGUUAAGGAAAACAGCCCAACUUCAGAAUCAGUCGUAAAUGAACCUGGCCUUGCUUCAAAUAACAAAUCUCACAGUGAUGGCCAAGAUGAUAAGGGAAAGAAGAAAAUAGCAUGGUGGCCUCCAAGGGGAAUUUUUGCCAAUUAUCUGGCUUUGACUGUAGUUGUUGUCCUUUUUUAUGGAACACUAGUAGGAUUAGUAGAUUCUCUAGCACUUCCUGGUGGACAUAUCUUUAGUUUGUUUAUUAUUGUUGUGAUGUGCCAUAUUGCUGGAGAGCUGAUAACUCUUCUUCAUUUACCUUCACUGCUUGGUAUGUUAAUAAUGGGUUUUAUGUUGAGAAAUAUCCCUAAAAUCAAUUUUGCUGAAGAUUUGGAUCCAAAAUGGACAUCAGACUUAAGAAGUGUAGCAUUAGUAGUUAUUUUGCUACGAGCAGGAAUGGGUCUUGAUCCAGGUACUCUUCGUAAGCUAAGUCUUGUCUGUUUCCGUUUGGCCUUUACGCCUUGCUUAGUAGAAACUGUGACAGUUGCUGUAACCUCUAAUCUUUUGCUUGGAUUUCCAUGGCUAUGGGGAUUCAUCCUUGGUUUUGUCCUAGCAGCAGUUUCUCCAGCUGUUGUUGUACCAAGUAUGUUGGAUCUUCAGGAUAAAAAACUUGGUGUGAAUAAAGGCAUCCCAACUCUUGUGAUUGCAGCAGCCAGUAUAGAUGAUGUUUUGGCCAUAACAGGUUUUGGUGUUGUUCUUGGUAUAACAUUUUCAGAAGGUAGUGUUGCUUGGACAGUAAUCAAAGGACCGUUAGAGGCUAUGGUUGGUGUGGCCUAUGGUGGUAUUUUUGGUUUUAUUCUGUGGCAUGUUCCUGCAAAAGAUGAUAAGUCUUUAAGUAUCCUACGCUCAGCAGCGCUCCUCAUUGGAGGACUGUUUAUCAUGUUUGGAAGUCGGGCAGUGGAGUUUGGCGGAGCUGGUGCUCUGGGCUGUUUAUCACUUGCUUUUGUUGCAGCUUCAGGUUGGAGGAAACAGAAGUGGGAUGAUGGCAUUUGGGAUGGUGAUGAUAACCCCGUAAGAACAUUUUUUAAUUACUUGUGGAAGAUUUUCCAGCCUAUACUUUUUGGUCUCAUUGGGGCAGAAAUUCAGGUGUCACAGUUGGAAGCAAACACUGUUGGUUUGGGACUUGCUACAUUAGGUAUUGGGCUUUUUAUACGUAUGAUUGUGACCUUUUUGGUAGUUUUCAAAGCCAAUCUUAACAUCUCAGAACAAGUUUUUGUAGCCUUAGCAUGGUUACCAAAAGCCACAGUCCAGGCUGCAUUUGGUCCUGUAGCUCUUGACUAUGCUAGAAAUACUAAAGCUGGUCCUGAAAUGGAAGCAUUUGGUAUUAAGGUCCUUACAAUUGCAGUUUUGGCCAUUCUGGUAACAGCACCAUUGGGAGCAGCAGCAAUAAGUCUCAGUGCCCCAAGAUUACUAACUCCUUCCCCUGGGAACAACAAAACUUCCAAUGAUACUGAAGCUCAGGGAUCAGUCUAAAACACUUAGUUUUGUAACAAGGGAGUUUCUUAGUAUAAUAUUGUGAAUGAAGAAUAAAAUGAACAGUUGUGAUGUAAUUAUAGUAUUUUGGCACUUGUGUAUAAAGUUAAAAUCAUAAAUACAUCACAACUAAAAUCAUGAAUAAUAUUCAAUGUUAAACUGGUACACAAUUAAAAACAUUUUAUUUAGGCCUAUCUAUGGCCUUCAAAAAGUUGACGACUCUACAUGUCAGGAGGAUGAUGUUGUAAUGUCAAAACAUGUAGAGUCGUCAACUUUUUGAAGGCCAUAGAUAGGCCUAAAUAAAAUGUUUUUAAUUGUGUACCAGUUUAACAUUGAAUAUUAUUCAUGAUUUUAGUUGUGAUGUAUUUAUGAUUUUAAGUAGAACCUGUAGAAAAUGAAGGGUGUUGUGAAAUUUAAUACACAAAUAUUACAGAUACUGGUAAAGCUGAUAUUUAUUAAGUAUGUUUUUGUGAGUGCACAUGUAAUAUGGACUCACUCUGAUAAUAAUUUUAAUUUUGAUGCUCAAUUACAGUUUUAUACAGAAUUUGUAACAAUAGCAGAUUUCUUCACAAAUAGUUAAUAUGUGUGUGUGUGUAUAUAUAUAUAUAUAUACAUGUGUGUGUGUGUGUGAAUCUUGCUGUAUAUGUGAUAACAAUAUUUUCUUCAGUUGAAUUGUGAGUUCUGUUUUAAAAGUAAACAUACAUAGAAAUUUAUACCUAAAUUAUGGCAUAUGUGGAAUUUUGUUACUCUGACAGCUUUUUUAUAUUAGUUUUUUUUUCCUGACUAUUGUGAAUUGACUAGAUUUUGGCUUAAUGCAUAAAUUGGUUAUUGUCAGAUUUAUUUCUGGUAUCCUGAUUCUUAGAAAUUGUAAAAAUAUAAGUUGGAUAAGUCUUCAUGAACAAAAUUGUGUAAUUACUUUGUGAUGCAACUGUAGUAUUAUUGUUGUUUAAUAUUUUCAAUAAGUAUUAUCACAAGGUUGUGAUGAACAGUAUAUGAACAAGUAAACAUUUUUAAAGAAAAAUUGUUUUAUGAUGAAAAUUUAUUUAAAAAAUAAGAUAUUUGGAAGGUACACUAGUUUAUGGUAAUCAUUUUUGUCACUUUGAAGUCUUCCCAUUUUGUUUCUGUGAUGAUAAAUGACAAUAUUUUGUACUUAUAGAGCAACUACAUGUUGAGGAAAAACUGUUGUGCCAGUGAUAAGUGGAUUUAAAUUCUGUCAUAUAUCACAUUUUCAUUAGAAGAUAAUCAGUUUAUCUGACUUAUCUAAGAGAAUUGUUAUUAGUUCAGUGAUUGGAACUGACAGUUAAUGUUAUUCUCUUCAUAAAAGAAAAAGACGAUUGUGAUGCACUUGUAAUCUAAAAUACUGUUUUUACUGUCGUCCACCAUUUGGUAUUGCCAACAAAUCAGUUAUUGUUUAAAUAGCCUACCAAGUUUGCCUCGGUUGUUAUUUUUAAGAAUCUGGUUAUAUAAGAUCAUUAGAAGCAUGAGGUUUUUCUGAGUAGAAAAAGUGGGUAUCUUGUUUAUAAUAUUCCUUAUUUAGGUAAAUUGGUAGUUGUGUCUUGACAUUUAAAACUACUCAAGUUAUUUUGUUGUUUUGUCAGCAAAUCAUACAUUGUGAGUGUCCACUUGCAUAAGAGAGAAUUAAUAGUUAAUACCCAUGUAAUGUAGUAAUAGGAUCAUCUGACUUCUGCAUUGUGAGAAAGGCUGAGAAUGAAAUGCAGUUAUAGAUCUUUAAAAGCCUUGUGAAAGCAGUAAUGAAGUUAGUACUAACAUAACUUUUUUUUUUCUAUGAAUUUAAAAAUUUAGAGUUAAUCCAUUUUUUAUAGUAUGGCAUUAGCUCGUUUCAAGUUUUAAGAACAAUGUCUUAGAUUAUCAAUCAAUAAAAAUGCACUUAUGUAUGCAGAUACUGAUAUUAUUACCUAUGUUACUUAAUGUUUUUAUUCACACUAAAAAUAGCUUAGGCUAACCUUAAGAAAUCUUGUAUAUUUGGUAUUACGUAACACAAGUUCUACCAAGUGUUUGUUUUUAUGUAGAUAAAUCAUAAUUUGUUAUGAAAUUACGUAGUUUAAACUAUUACUGAGAAUUUAGUAAAAUACCAAAUUUUAUUAUAAGUGCAGAAUUUGCACUUUUCUGUGUGAAUAAUGACUGUUAUAGAGAUUCUUCUUCAUUUACUGCCUUUUGAACAUUGUUAAUUUUUUUUAUAGCCAUUCACAAAAUUUAUAAGUAAUACUUAAAAUACCAUCAUUUCUGAUUUGUACAAGUACACACGUGUAUUUUCAGUGUUGUUAGAUAUUUUUUCUUUGUACAACUGUGGUCAUAUUAUAGGCUGACAAAACUAAUUUGUAGUAAUUUAAGCUGCUCUGUCUUUCCUGAAUUAGCAGCACAACUUCCCCCCACUUGAAUUUAGAUUCAGUUGAGCCAGAUAAAUUAUGCCAAGUUAGUGUGCCAACAUGACAUUUUAUUAUUUCACAAGCGUAACUAACACCAUGUUAACAGAUGGGAAGAACUAAUGAUGUAUUUGUGAUACUACAUUCAUGUGUUCGGAAUGUACACAUUAUCUGUUACUGUUUAAUAGUAAACGUAGCGCAUUCAAAAUGCAAGGAAAAGAAAGUAGCGUUCCUUACAUGCUUCCCCAAUUCAGAAUUCUUUGGUUAUGUCAUUUUUAUUACCAUCUUUUUAUGUUUCAAGAACAUAGUUUUGACUGGUUAACUAAUCCAUUAUUUUGUGAUGGUAAUUAAUUUUCAAUGGAUAUAUUUAUUUGGGAAGAAAAAAUACCUGUGCUAGUGAUAUUAGAUGCAGCCUUUUAUUUUUAAUGUUUCCUGCAAAAUUUUAAAAGCAUCUAACCUCUAUGAUAAUCUAAUUGAAAUGCUUAUGUUUUAUAACUUAUUUAUUUGUUGAAAAUAAGCAUUAACUGUAGCCAUUAGGAUUUGGCAAGUUAGCAGUAAUUUCCACUAUCCAAAAUAUUUCAAUAUACAUAUAUAAGCCACCUCUACUGUGGCAACAGGAAGGUCAGUGUUGGAAUACAUAGUAGUACCUUUUAUCUUCCAGAUCUAAAUGCAUCAGAUAGUUGUCAAGAAAAGUGGGAUAAUAUCAGUAGGCACAACCAAGAACUUUUAUAUAAAAAUUCAUGUAGAUGAGCUGAUACAAGUGUUAACACUCUUGUCAAUCACUGUUCCACACGAAACUGUUUACUUCAGGAAAUAUAUUCUUGUUUUUAUCAUCCUUGUUCCCUUUUUUUCAAUAAAUUUAUUGUUAAUAAUUUUAAACUAGAUUUGAAAGUUUCACCAUUCAGGUAAUUAUGGCUACUAUCUGCAGAAGUUCAAAUAUUAGUGGUGUAUGUUUGUAAAUGGAUAUUAAAGAAGUACACAUUUCACCUCGCAAAAUACAGUUUAACAAAGUUGUGCAAGAAAUUCACAUGUGGUACCAACUACAUUUGCAAACAUUGUGAAUAUACUUCAGAAAAUCACAUAUUUAAAUACAAUUUUAACCAAUAGUAGUUUUUUGUUGUUUUUACAGAUGAUAAAAUGGUUUCUAUCUCGACUAUCUACCUAAACAAUUACAUUUUGUUUACCCAUAUAAUCAAGUUCAUACUAGAAUAUGAAUAGGAUAUACUUAAAGUUUUUUUUUCUUUUAUUUGGAGAAGAAACUUUGGCAUAGGAAAAUUAGUUUAUUUACCCUUUCUACUAAAUUUGUUUGGUGUUUGACAUAAUUAUGGUCAAAGUAAUCCUAAGGAGCUAUACUAUACCUACUUAACAUAGUGCAUACAUUUGCUUUAUGUUGAUUAUGCCUGAGAAUAAAUGAGCUUUACAAUUAUGAAAAGGAUUUUUUAAUUAAAGAUAUGUAUAAACAUUUAUAAAGUAUUAUUUAAGACAAUUGUUUUUUAUUUUCCCAUUGCUUUAUGAUGCUGUGGAUGCUUGAAUAUUAUACAUAUGUAACUGAAAUUAGAUAAACCAGAUAAUUUAAUUUUAGAAAAAAAAUUAGAAGUUCCUGUUUUGCCUGUUGUACAAUGUAGUCUUGAAUUUUAAUGAAAACAUAAAUUUACAUAGUGAUAUAAAUAUUUGUCAUUGUUUUACUCAUCACAUUUUUAGAUCUCAUGAUUAUACAAAUAGGUUAUUUCUAAUAAGGAUACAAUAUAAAUAUAAAUAAAUAUAAAUUUACAAUAUAAAUGUUUUAUGUGGAUAAUGGUUUCCUUAGUUGAGCAAUAGCUUUUCAGUUCCUUGAGAUUCUUUAGAAAUCUUCCAGUAUUAAACUCGUAUGAAGAAAGCAAAAACAGAAGGAUAUGGCUGUUGAUCUUCAGGCCAUUAAAUAAAUUUAUACCUUGUUUCAUAGUUUUGUAAAAAUAGGUUUCUAAAUCUUCUGCAAAAUGUUUAAAAACAUUGUUUUCUUCAUAUUUGGAGGACUUUGUAAGGCAUAAUAUGAAAUAACUUGUUAAUGUUUAGAUAUUUUUAAUUAUCAAAUGUGAGUACGAGUUUGAAAAUCUGAGGAAGAUUUGUUUACGUGUGUAUUUUCACAAGUUGAUAACUAAAUCUAUUUAUGGUACUUUCUUACAAUGUGAAAGCCGAGUGAAGUUUAUUGAACCCAAACAGUCACACUAAAUAGAUGAUUAGAAACUUAUGAUAAUAAUUUUUUAGUUUUCACAGACUGCUUAAAAGAAUAAAAUAAAAUACAGGUUAUACAGUGUUAUAUUUAUUGUUUAAAAACAUCAAUCAAGAUUUAGAAAGUGUGUGGUGUUAGAUCUUUUAUUGUAGUAGUCAAAAAGUAAAAAAAAAAACAUUUUAAGGGUAUUUUUUUGUAAAACGAAUGUAGGGAUGAUAUUUCAUGUAAUUUGCUCUGAUAAAGUAGUUUUGAUAGAGAACAACAUUUUCUUUGACAGAAAAACAGCACUUUUUGUUUUAUUUGAUCAAAUUUGUUGAUUAGUUUGAAUAAAAACAAGUUUUACUAAGUA